AUGAAGGAUGAUGGGCUAUAUGGUUCAAUUCUGAAAUGUGCUAAGCAUCAUGCAAUUGUGGAUAUUAGAAGGGGUAUAGGUAGACCCCACAACCUGAAAUCAGGUGUCAUUUAUGUUGUAUGUUCACAGGACUGUUCCAGUGUGGAAAUAUGUAUUAAUAGUAUCUGGGACAAGGUUUGGUUGUGUGGAAGUAGAGAUUUGUACACUGAGUUGGAAAAUAGUGAUUCUGCUAAUUCUGAUGAUUUUGAAGAAAUGAUUUCAUAUUUUGAUGAAGAAUUUGAAAAUAACAGUGAAUCUUUAUUCCAAUUACUGAUUAAUUAUAUGAAAAAUUAUAAAGCCAAAAGACCUUUAACCUAUCAUGGAAAUUCAACAAGAGCACAAAAAAGAAGAAAGGCAUCAACAAAAGAAAAUAUCAAUAAAAAUGGUCAAACUCUUGAUCAAUUUUUUAUUUUAAAAAAAGAUUCUAGUAAAGAAAUGACACAGAAUAAUGAUUCACAAAAUAUUGAAAUCAAACUUGAUGAAUCAUUUGAUAUUGCAAAAAGUUAUAAUCUAAGAUUAAAAGCUUUGCAACAUUAUUUUCAAUUAUUAAAAAGAAAUCAUAAAAAAUUUGAAGCAGCAAAUUUAGUUUCAAAAAUCUUAAAUAAAGGCCCAUGGUUUUCAAAAUGUAUAAGAAGUUGGGGAAAGUCAUUUAUAGAAUAUGGUGAUAUUUCAUAUAAAAAAAGAGGCAAACAUUUAAGAGGAAGUAUUAUUGAUGAAGAUGUUCAGAUUAAAAUAUCAUCUUUUUUAAGAAAGGAAAAAUUUAAUGUGACUGUAAAUAAUUUUAAAGAAUUUAUUGCUAAAGAUAUAUUUCCUAGUAUAGGAGUUGAAAAUGAGACAGCAAUCAGGUGA